AUGGGUGAUGAGAGCAAGCUUGAUCUUUUCUUAAUCUCAAAUGCUAGAAGAGACAUUCUUGAAUCUCAGAGUAGAUUUGCAUCUGAUGGUCAAUCUAUCAAUUGCCAUGAUGAAGGUGUUUUGUAUAUAAAGGCAAACGUUGAUUCUCAAUUUUGUGAUUUCCUCAAGGAUGCAAAGAAAGAUAUCGACCUAGCAUUGGAUUUUUGCCCGAAAAUCGAUCGUAGUGUUUCUAAUUUGUCUAUCACUCCUGUAGUUGCAGUGCAAGUGACGGAGUUUGCGUGUGGUACGGGGCUAGCUUUAUCUAUGAGCACUGAACACGCGGUUAUUGAUGGAUUCACAGCAUUGAAAUUUGUUUACGAGUGGUCUAAAGUAAGUAAAAUGGAAAUAAAUAUUCAUUCCGAUAAGAUCAAUUGCUUCACCUUUGACGAUUUUGGUACCAUUUUUCCACCAACAAGUGAUAAUCAUUUGUUAAAAAGAGUCAAGUCUCCUAGAGAUGAUCAUUAUCAUGAUUUAGCUGAAAUGGUUGCGAGGAGAUUGACUCUCCAAGAUACGAAAACUCUUUCGGGAAUUUCGCUCUUGAAGUCCCGGUCAAAUUCAUACCGGGAGAAACAGGAAUGGAGUUGCAAGAAAUUUUACUAUUGA